UGAGCAAUUGAAAUUCUUCAAAACAUUUUUCUUUCGUGUCAAAUGAAAUGCGACAAAGUACGGAAUUUGGGGGUACACUCCAAAGUGAGCGAACUAAUACGUCAUAAUUUAUGCUCAACGCAUUAGCAACAUAUUUGCACAAACAAAAUCUUUGAAAGAGAUAAGGAAGGUGACGAAUUUGGCAAUGGACAACUCGAUUCUCGUUUGCUUAUUUGUGGGUUUCUUUACCGUUUUAACAUCUGGCAAUAUUAUCUCAGUUAAAGUGCACUUCAACGUUUUCACUGUGCUUGAAGGAGAGACAUUCCAAAUUACUUGUUCAGCCUCACACAGGGAUAGAAAGCCGGAAAUACAAUGGUACCACAUCGACAGCAGAUUCAUAAGAACAAAUCUUACUGACUUUAUAAGUCCUGUCGUGUUUAACCAAGCUUUCACUACCAUCCAUACCCUUACGCGUUCAAGCGCUCGACUGUCUUAUUCCGGUGAUUAUUAUUGUCUUGCCAAAAUUGGAGAUAGCGAACAAGAACGAGUCAGAAGCAGCGGAGUUCCAAUAAUGGUCAUUACAGAAAAAAAUAUGCCAAAAGUAAAAGCCACGAGAAAGAUCAGCGGUAGUUCAACGACUCUCACAUGCAAAGUCAUCCCUAUAGGCCGUGGAAUAUUGUCAUGGCGUCGCGGUGGCAAGAUUUUAGAGAAAAAUGAAGGGAACGAAGUAAAACUUACGACAAGCACGCAUGGGAAGUACUCAUGUGUGGGUAAUGUCACUUUGGGUGGAUACAGAUAUUUUUCGAGUUCCGUUGAGGCGAGAGCCACCGCAAGUUGGUCGCACAUGGCAGCGAAAACGAGCCUACUAUGUUCGCUUUUCAUGACACUUUUCGUAUUUUUCAUUGCGUGAAAAUGAAAGGUGAAAAAUUCAGCGCAAAAUUGUUCAUGUGGACUGGUACGAGAGUAACAUGCCAUAUUUGAUAUAUAGUAGAUUUCAUUAAACUGUUUUUUUUUGUUUUUAAUGUAUCAUGUGCGUAGUAAUAAAUACGAUAUUUAUUGUAAUCUGUGGCCCUCAAGUUAGAGCCGACUAAGAAGUCAGCCCCCAGGUUUCCUCGUAUUAUGUAAAUAUUUUGUUGUCCAAUCGUUUAAAAACAAUGGAUUCCUUAUAAAAUAA